AACUUCAUAGCUAGUAUGGUAAUGUACUAAUAUAUUCCCCUCAACCCCCCCUUGCACUUUUCCACUUAAGCCAUCACUCACAUUAUUCACUCACUUCCCCCCUCUUCAUUUUGUAGUCCUCCUUUAUCUGCAAAAAACAGCAGAUGGCUCAGCUUAACCUCAUACUUAUCUGGUUAUUUUUCUUGAGUCUGUGCCUUUAUUCAUGUCCUACUUCGGCCCAGUUAAGUAGACACCACUAUGCAAAAACAUGCCCCAAUGUUGAAAACAUUGUCAGAGAAGCAGUCAAAAAGAAGUUUCAUCAAACAUUUGUUACGGUUCCUGCUACCAUUCGUCUCUUCUUCCAUGAUUGCUUCGUGCAGGGUUGUGAUGCCUCGGUUUUGGUUGCAUCCACAAAAAACAACAAAGCAGAGAAGGAUCACCCAGAUAAUGUUUCACUAGCUGGAGAUGGAUUUGACACAGUGAUUAAAGCAAAAGAAGCAGUUGAUGCAGUUCCAUUGUGCAGGAACAAAGUUUCAUGUGCUGAUAUUUUAGCCUUGGCAACCCGUGAUGUUAUUGAACUGGCCGGUGGGCCUUUCUACGAGGUUGAAUUGGGAAGAUUUGAUGGGCUAAGAUCUAAAGAUUCAGAUGUAAACGGGAGGCUGCCUCAUCCAGAGUUCAACUUGAACCAGCUCAAUUCACUGUUUGCGGCCAACGGUCUCACCCAAACGGAAAUGAUAGCUCUAUCAGGUGCUCACACUGUUGGAUUCUCCCAUUGCAACAAAUUCACGAACAGAGUAUACAAUUUCAAGAGCAAAAGUCGAGUGGACCCUACACUGAACGAGAAAUACGCAACACAGCUAAAGUCAAUGUGCCCAAGGAAUGUGGAUCCAAGGAUUGCAAUCGAUAUGGACCCAAGCACUCCACGGUCAUUCGACAAUGUUUAUUUCAAGAAUCUUCAGCAAGGGAAGGGCCUCUUCUCUUCAGACCAAGUUCUCUUCACGGACUCAAGAUCCAAGGCCACUGUAAAUGCAUUUGCUAGUAGCAGCAAAAUCUUCCAUGCCAACUUCGCCGCUGCUAUGACCAAAUUGGGCCGAGUUGGAAUCAAGAAUGCACAGAAUGGAAACAUUCGCACCGAUUGUUCAGUCAUUUAAUUUAAGAAGGGACAACAGAUUAUUAUCAAGUCAGGGGAAUUCGUUAUUUAUAUUAGUUACCCUGUGUUUAAAAUAAUAAGUACUGAAAGUAUUUAAUUUCUCAAUUGCCAUGAUUCCUCUGUUUUGUUUUCUCAUAAAUUCUUCCCUUUAGAUUAUCCACUUGUAACUACUUGGUUAACUACAUCAAACACUUUAAAAGUAA